GUCAGUUGUCAGACGGCAAUUGAAUGGUGCGCGCUUCGCUUGAAGGCGGCGAGAGUUACCCCCCGUAACGAAACCGAAUAAUACCUGUGGAAAGUGCAGAGACGCUACAAUACAUAAAUAAUUAAACUGGUAGGGGCCGGGUGACAACGCAAAACAAUAACCAAACGAACAACAAAUUAGUGAAAUGGGCAAAAAAAAAAAAAUCAAAAACUUGUUUAUCGUACACGAAAAUAAAAAGUGAUUAGCAAACAAAAAGAGCAGAGCGUUCGAAAACAAAAAUAAAUCAGUUACUAAAACGCGCCAGCUAAAUCAAAAAGCACAACAAUUUAUAUAUACCCACACCCACACAUGUGUAAAUCAUAUAGAAAUUUGCUUAUUUUUGUCCGUCUUGUCGAUUCUAUUAAUUGUUUUAUCCGACGCUUCGCUUAAUUAAAAAUUCUUGGAUGGCCAAGGCAAACCAAUUGAGAUACUUUUGGGUAUUUAUGAAUUGGCAAUGGUUGGAAAAACACCUAGCUUACUCUUACAUAAAGUGAGCUUCGUAAUUUUCCACUCGAAAUAAACAAAAGCACUCAAUGGGCUCUCAUUGUCCCAAAUAUCGUGUAGUUGCAAAGUGCCAUUGCAAACAGCUCGGAAUCAAGUCAAGCAAAAUCAAUUAACGCGACAAUUAGCAGGGGCGCAAGAUAAAGAUAGAUGGAUAAACAAAUGGACGGGCAUACGAGUACAUCAUUAUAUAUACAGCGAUAUUGUCUUAUUAUCGUUGUUAGUGCGAUUCCCCAGCCAAUUGGCUAUCGCGACAAGUGCAGCUUUGGGAAUCUGUUUAAUUAUAAUGAUUUAUCGCUCAGCCAAGCGCAGCAGAAAGUACUUUGACCCUUUUCUAUAUCGGCAAAUACACUUUUUCUCGAACAGCUGAUCGCUGUAGUUCGUUCGAAUUUCGAAAAUACUUUCGUUAGUCGCGAGAAUCGUUUGGCCCUCAGAACACGCUCUGCUCUGUUCGCAUUUGUUGCCGGUCAUUUUGAUGGUCAUUUCCCAUUGCUCGAGCCUCGCGAACGGUCGUAAAAGGUUGGUGAUUUACGUGAUUUUUCUGGCGACGAACAGAAAUCGGAAUACAUAUAUGUGAGCAACCUACAAUAUUGAAAAGUUGGCUGAUUUAUUACAGUAAUUAAUGGAAAAACAAAUCGCGAAAUUUGAUUUAAGCCUCAAUCAACAUCAAUUAAUAACUUAAUACUCUCUUAGCAAGUGUUUAAUUUAAGCAAAAAUAACAAAGUGAUAUUAUUGGCACUAGUUAUAAAACCAAAUUAUCAUUAAAGUGAAUGUUAAGAGUUUUAAAAUAAAACAAAUUAAAGAAAUCGUUUAAUAAUAAAUUAAAUUAAAGCCCUAGCACGUUGUAAAUAGUGUAUUCUUGACCAGCUAUCUUGUGAUAAAAAGAAAACAACCAUGGAAAACUUGUGAUAGUCGUUCAAACACCCAAAGUACAAGGCUCAAAAUAGAAUUUUGUGAUACAAGCUGCGGCUGUGUGAAAGUUGUAAAAGUAAGUUGUGAUAACCAAAAGACCACAACCACAACCAGAACCAGAACCAGAACCAGAGUACGAGUUCGCCCGGCGGAUAGGAUAGUAUCUGAAGAUGUUCACUGUGCCGUUUCAUCGGGACACCAUCCUGACCACCUCCGUCAGCGAUGCGUCGGUGCUCAACAAGAGUCGGGCCAUGGCCGAGCUGAUGCACCAGAUGCGGGAUCCGGCCCACACGCUUGGCGGUUCCGUGGGCAGCAUUCCGCAAACGCUGAUCGGCGGCGGAGGUGGCGGCCACGGCUCCUCGAACGGGGCAUUGAAUGGUAUCCAUGCCACGCCCGCCACGAAUCUGAAAAUGAGCGAAGCGAUGCGCAGUGCCCAGCACGACACAAGCCCCAAUCCCGUUAGCUCCAAGAUGAAGGCCUCCAAGUCCUAUACCCAUGGCCUGAGCAGUUCCUCGGGCACGGUGAACAUUCCCACGUCCACGUCGGCCCAGAGCAAUCUCUCACUGCUGGCGGACAUCUCGCCAAACCACACGCACUUCUUCGAGGUGAUGUACGUGGGCAAGAUCCGGGUCUCCCAGAAGCGGGUGCCCAACACCUUCAUCGACGACGCCCUGCCCAAGUUCAAAGCGUACGAUGCCCAGCGUCUGCGUCUCCUUCAGAACCGCAAGAUGUCGCUCAGCAGCGAGGGGGGCGUGGGCAUCGAGGCGAAGCCCGGCAGUUCCCUCAAGAGCCACGACCUCAAGGAGGAGGAUGAGGAGGAGCCGGAUGCACAGGCCAAGCCCCUGGUGCAGCUGCAACUGACAGGCGCCGAGGAGGGGGCUGCACCGCAACCCCUGGAGGGCAACAAGGAGACCAAAUCCCCCGAGAAGCGGCCUCUGUUGCGAGGUCAGAGUCAAAUCGAGCUGGGCCACAAGGAGCACUCCGACGGCUCUGAGCCAUCGGCAUCGAAUAGCCAACUGGAGGCGACCAAUGUCAUUGUAAACAAACAGCCCACGCCGCCCAGAGAACAGGGCGUGGCCGUGGCCUCUGGGACAGGGAAUGGAAAUGGAAGUGGGGGUGCCACUUCCGCUUCUGCUGGCCCUAGUCAGCUGCAUCCCAGUUAUGCGAUGGAGAACAUACCCAAGCUGAGGGAUCGGUCCGCGUCGCAGGGCUGCAUUCCGCCGUUUGUGGAGCAGAACCGGACGAUGGUCUUUCUCGUGGGACGAUGCGAUCUCCGCCUGAUCUCGCCGGAUCGCAAGCAGGUGCUGCUCUACAAGGACUUCAAGGAUGUGGCCAGCUGUGUGCAUGGCCAGAAGUCGCUGGAUCACUUUGGCAUCAUCUGCCGGGAGUUGAAUAACGACGGCUACAUUGGCUACGUGUUCAAGUGCCAGUCGGAGCACGUGUGCGAUGACAUUGUGGCGGCCAUUGCCCAGGCAUUCGACACCUGCGCGGAGCAAAAGAAAAAACAGGAGACGCAGAUAUUCAGCUGCGAGCACUGCCCGAUGUUGUGGUACCACAAGCUCUGCACGGAUGUCGAGGGACUCUCCGAGAAGAAGACCCAGGCCCUCAUUCUGCGCCGCAUCGAAACGCUCAGUGACGACGAGCAGGAGAUCGUGUGGGCCAAGUUCUGUGGCUCGGAGAAGACCAACUCACCGGUGGCCGAGCAGAACCAGUUCCUCAUGAUGCUCCUCCGGGCACACUGCGAGUCCAGGCAGCAGAGGCAUGUUCACGACACCGCCGAGAAUCGGUCGGAGUUCCUUAACCAGUAUCUCGGCGGCAGCACCAUCUUCAUGAAGGCCAAGCGCUCGCUGACCAACUCCUUCGACAACCUUCUCAAACGCAAACCCUCCAAGGACGAUAUCGCAGUGCCACCGCACAAUUUAAGGGACAUCAGGGAGGGAUCCGCCGAGCCCCUGGGCACUCAAUCACCACCCGAAGGCUUUCGGUCGCGCUCGAAUACGGUGGGUGCCAGUCCCAGCAGCAAGCCCACAGCUGAGCAGCUGAAGAGCCCCAUGAUGGACAUAUUCAUCAAGGUGGGCAACAGUCCCAAAGAGGCGGAAACCCACCAGGGCUCCUGGCGCCAGGCGAUACUUAAUAGUGUGGUGACACCUUCGAAGGGUCUGGACAGUGAGGUUCCCACCGAGUUUCUGUCGCCCAUGCGCAAACCUGUCAAACGGGGCAAGCGGGAUGCGUCGGAGCUGAGGGAACUGUGGCGCACUGCCAUCCGGCAGACCAUCAUGCUAAACCGCAUGGAGACGGAGAACGCCAUGCUGCAGGCACGCCAGAACGAGAACGAGCUGAAGCGCAUCAAACUGGACUACGAGGAGAUUGUGCCCUGCGACAAGCAGCUGAUCGAGCGCUGGGAGCAGAUUAUCGAGCGCAACUCCACGCAGAUUGGCAACAAGAAGGAUCCCAAGGUGCUGGGUCACGCCAUCCGCACUGGAGUGCCGCGUUCGAAGCGCGGCGACGUGUGGACCUUCCUGGGCGAGCAGCAUUCCAUGAACACGGCUCCGGUGGACACAAAGCGAUUCCCCAACUUCAAUACGCCGUAUCACACGCUGCUGAAGCACCUUACCGAGCAUCAGCAUGCGAUCUUCAUCGAUCUGGGCAGGACGUUCCCCAACCACCAGUUCUAUAAGGAUCCCCUCGGAUUGGGUCAGCUAUCGCUGUUCAACCUGCUGAAGGCCUACUCCAUUCUCGAUCCGGAGUUGGGAUACUGCCAGGGUUUGGGCUUCAUCUGCGGCGUUUUACUUCUGCAUUGCGAUGAGGCCAAUGCGUUUCAGCUGCUGAAACACCUUAUGUUCCGCCGGAACAUGCGCACAAAAUACCUGCCCGACAUGAAAAAGUUUCAGUUGCAGCUGUACCAGCUCUCCCGAUUGGUCAAAGAUCACUUGCCCGACCUGUAUGUGUGGCUCGAUCAGAACGAUGUGUCGCCCACUUUGUAUGCGGCUCCCUGGAUCCUCACCGUUUUCAGCUCACAGUUCCCGUUGGGAUUCGUGGCCCGCGUUUUUGACCUGCUCUUCCUGGAAUCCUCCGAUGUGAUCUUCAAGUUUGCCAUUGCGUUGCUAUCAGUGCACAAGCAGCAACUCCUGGCCAAGGAUAACUUCGAGGAGAUCAUGGACUACCUGAAGACCGUGGUGCCCAAAAUAGAGCCCAGCUGCAUGGAGCAGAUAAUGAAGCUGGUCUUCGCCAUGGACAUCGGCAAGCAGCUGGCCGAGUACAAUGUGGAGUACAACGUGCUGCAGGAGGAGAUCACCACCACCAACCAUCACCUAGAAAUGUUGAACAGGGAAAAGACACAGAACCAGCACCUCGAGCAGCAAUUGCAGUUUGCUCAAUCCUCGAUUGCUCAGCUGGAGACCACCCGCUCCUCGCAGCAGGCUCAGAUAACAACGCUGCAAUCGCAGGUGCAGUCGCUGGAGCUGACCAUCCAGACCCUGGGUCGGUACGUCGGCCAACUGGUGGAACACAAUCCCGACCUGGAGCUGCCGAACGAGGUGAGGCGCAUGCUGCAGCAGCUGGACGACCUGGAGCGGCAGCGUCGCAAACCCAUCUUUGCCGAGCGCAAGAUCGGCAAGUCCGUUUCCGUCAACAGUCACUUGGGGUUUCCACUCAAGGUGCUCGAAGAGCUGACCGAAAGAGACGAACUUGGUUCGCCACAAAAGCAGAAGAAGGAGAAGACACCUUUUUUUGAGCAGUUGCGUCAGCAGCAGCAGCAACAGCAGCAGCAACAGCAGCUGCAGCAGCAACGCCUCAACGGCCAGUCGCCGAGUGGCAGCGAGUCGGUGUCCCCGACGCCGCCGUCGCGACCCAAUCGCCUGUUGGACAAUGCCAGCGCCCGGACCGUCAUGCAAGUGAAGCUGGAUGAACUGAAGCUGCCCGAGCACGUGGACAAGUUCGUGGCGAAUAUCAAGAGCCCGCUGGAGGUGGACUCGGGCGUGGGCACGCCCCUUAGCCCGCCCAGCACGGCUAGCAACAGCAGCGGCGGUAGUAUAUUCAGUCGCAUGGGCUACCGCACCACGCCGCCGGCCCUCUCGCCGCUGGCCCAGCGUCAGAGCUAUGGCGUGGCCAUCACUACGGCGCCGUCUGCCCACCAGAUGGAGGAACAGCCGCCGGCGACAACAAUGGCCGCCAUGCCACGGGAGGAGGUGGAGGAGCCGCAGGCCAUGCAUCCGCUCAGCAUGGUCGGUGGCGAUGUCAACGUGCGCUUCAAGGGCACCACGCAGCUCAAGUCCAUACGUCCGGUGCAUCACAUGCGGGCCAUUCCGCUGGGAGUUCAGUCCAGCACGGAGUCCGUCGUGCGGGUGGCUCCCGUGCCCGUGGAGCUGGCACCGCCGGCGGCCACGGCGACCACCGGUCGCAGCUAACGGUUCUGAUUCAUCGGGAAACUGCUGCGCGGAUUCUAUCGCGACUAGGGCCCGCCAGGCAGAUGGGCAGGCAGCUUACAAAAACCCAACGCUACUCAUAACCUCUUCUGUUGCGAUUUAGAUACGAUUAACCCAAACCCAACACAAGAUGCAAACUGCAACCUCUUCGUUUUCAAAGUGUGUCGUCUACACAUAGUCGAUGUGCGCACAAAAUGUUGCCAUAUAUAUUGAUCGGAAAGUUACGCAAUCGUUAUAAACUGAUGCCCCAAAUAUUAUACAACUAUAUACAAAUAUGCUUAUAGGAAUAAAUUGGAUAAUGCUUUUUCAAGUUUUUAUAAAUUUGGCUACCGCAUCAAAAUCGAAGCUUAUAACCUAAGGCAACUCGCAAAAAAACAAACGCAAAAUCAAAAGAAGCAUUCAUGAGUCUGUAGUUUGUUUAGUUUUUCGCCCUUCCCUUUUAUUGACCUAAUACUUAACGAAUUUACUUAGUAACUUACUUGUUGAUUUUCGUGUUUCUUUAGUUAUAGAUCAUUAGUUCUUAAUGUUAUUCUUAAUUUAAUUAUAUGUGUACAUUUCUCCCAGGGUUUUACUUUGCAAUGAAACUAAAGUCAGAUACCCAAUGUAUAAAACAAUUCCGAUGAUUCCUUGCUUGUACAUUGUUCUUGAGUAGGAUACAACUUUCUGAAAUCUCUUUCAUUAUCAUUAUGGUACUUGGAUUGUAUUGAUUGUUUACAUAUUACAUACGUUUAUGAAAAAUGAAUACACAAGCAAAGAAAAUAAUAAUUGCUUCUGUGUUAAGUACUUAUGUAUCGCUUAGCUGGACGGUUUUUAUCGAACGUCCGGAGUUUGUGUAGCUGAUUUGUGUUAGAAUAUGAUUAAAACAAACAAACGAUUACAUGAAAACAGUAAUAAAGUCAAAAAUUAUUUAAUCAAAA